AUGUGGAAUUCCACGUUCUGUUGGCAACAUGCUGACAUCGAACAGUCCGGGCCUCUUAGAUUUCGUGGGCCUGAUCAUCCUCUUUCUUACCGCCCUCUGGUGGAGGCUUUGCAAGUUCUGCUGAGCCGCGCUCCUGAAAUGUUACUUUGAACCUUCCGACAUCAUUUACUCCCAAAUAUGGAACUUCUCGCUUCAAUCAUACCUCACUUUCAUGACCAGGUCCUGCCGAUGGUUCCUUUUCCUGGUUUACCUGUUCUUGACUUCCUUUGGCCACAGGAGUUCCCGGUUCACUUUUCUGAACUGCCUGCUCUUGAUUUCCUUUAUCCACAGGAGUUUUUGGUUCACUCUUUUUCUAGAAAAAAUUCGUUUGUAAGGUUUAUGACGGUCCAAGAGCAGCAUCUCACCAAAAUCAACUUUCAAUUAAGGAACCGACCUUUGGAGUCUUCUUCUUCAAAUCUUCUGCAUCCCCGCUUUUGCUCUGAAACACGAGGAUUGGAAAUUUUUUCUGGAACAGCUCAAUUUUUGCGUUUCUUAGUAUUUGUUUGUUGUUCGCCUGCACUGCGGUCGCGUCGCGGCGGUUUUCUCUGGCGCGACGGAAACGCACGCGUCGGAACUACACAAUUCACAACUAUGGCCAUGUUAUUUGAUAGUCUAAUUCUUUUACACUCUUAG